UCUUGUCUGUAUUGGGAACUGGUGUGUGUAGUGUAUUUCGCAUGCUUGUUUUCCGGUAGAAGAUGUUCGCGGUAACGCGCCAAGAGGUGUGAAAUCUACAGACUUUAUCAACAUAACGUCCGGCGCACCACACACAUACGAAAUGACACGUCUUAAACACAUCAUGAGAACUUAUGCAAGAGUAAGUGAAACCAGCCUUUCAUCUUUUUCGCGUUGCUGCUUUUUGGCUCUUACAACACAUAAGAAGGUGUUAAGGAUGUAUAGUGCAAGAACGGCUGGUGUGGAAACAGUGACAGUUAAAGUUGCCCAAGGCAUUUUGAAAGGAAAAGUAGUUGAAGCAAAGUAUGGAGGGAAGUAUUGCAGCUUUCAGGGUAUUCGUUAUGCAAAGCCACCAGUCGGUACUCUUAGAUUUCAGCCACCACAGCCACCGGAGUCUUGGACAGGCAUGAGAGAUGCUCUGGAAGAAGGCGCAGUUGCCCCACAAGCAAACUGGGUGGGGAAAAAAUAUAAGGGUGAAGAGGAUUGUCUUUUCCUUAAUGUCUACACUUCAAAGAUUACUUCACAAAAUGAGCCACUGAAAGCUGUUAUGGUAUGGUUCCAUGGAGGUGCAUUCGGAUUUGGAUCAGGAAACACUGAUCUUUAUGGUCCAGAUUAUUUAGUUGCUGCUGAUGUUAUUGUAGUCACAUUGAAUUACCGCCUUGGAGCUCUUGGCUUUUUAAGUUUGGAUGAUGCAACUAUACCUGGCAAUAAUGGCCUUAAGGACCAAGUAGCUGCCCUCAGAUGGAUUCAGCAGAACAUCAUAAACUUUGGUGGUGAUCCAGAUAAUGUUACAAUAUUUGGUCAAAGUGCUGGUGGUGCCUCUGUACAAUAUCAUUUGAUAUCUCCAAUGUCAAAAGGACUUUUUCACAAAGCAAUUGCACAAAGCGGUUCUGUUUUUAAUCAUUGGGCAAGCAGAAAAGCUUUGAAGGAGACGUCAUUUGCCUUGGGUGCUGUGCUGGGAUGUAACACAAAUGAUCCAAAAGUGCUAAUUGAUUUUCUCAGGACUUGCACUCCAAAACAGAUAGUGGAAGGCACUGCAAAAAUAGUAACUCUUGAUGACAAACGUAGAGGAAAGAACGUACCAUUUUUACCAAUACCAGAAAAGGACUCUGGCAGUUUACAAGAAGUCUUCCUACCCGAUAAUCCACAAAAUAUUGUAAAAUCGGGAAAAUUCUGUGAUGUGCCUUAUCUUACUGGAAUUACUUCUCAUGAAGGCAUAAUGGAGCUUAAAAAUAUUUUAAAGAAGCCACAGUUGCUGAAAGAAAUAGACACUGACUUCGAAAGAUUGGUGCCAGAAGAUAUGGAACUGGGAGAAAAAAGUGAAAGAUUGAAGAAAGCCAGUGAUAUGAUAAGACAGUUUUAUUUUGAUGGCAAACCAUUCACAAAAGAUAACAUAAUGGAUUAUGUGAAUUUGCAGACUGAUAUAAUAUUUGCACGCGGGAUGUAUCAAACAGCAAAGUACCAUGUGAAGUAUAGUCGCAGCCCAUUAUAUUGUUAUAAUUUUGGGUUUGAUGGUGCUCUGGGUGUCUUCAAAAGUUGUUUUGGUGCAUCUCAUCUUCCUGGUGCUUGUCAUGUCGAUGAUAUUGGAUACUUAUUCCAUAUGUCAGUUGUUGAUAUCACUGUGGAACAUGACUCUAUAGAAAUGUCAACUAUACGAAGAAUGGUCAAAUUGUGGACAAAUUUUGCAAAGACUGGUGACCCUACACCACACCUGGAUGCUGAUGUAAUGGUCAAGUGGACACCAUAUAGCCUGACAAACCCAUGUUACCUGAAUAUUGACAAGGAUCUCACCAUAAGGCAGAAUCUUAACAAAGAACGCAUGGAGUUUUGGGAUGAUUUAUACAAAUGGAGUACAGCAGCAUCAAAACUGUGAAAUUAUUACUACACAUAAGGGCACAACAAAUGUGAUAUUCAUGGACUGUCAGAAUGCACAUAUCAUUUAAUUUUUAUGUAAAUAUGAAAAAAUAAACUUGAUGUAUUAAUCAGUAAAAUAUACUCACAGAGAAUAAAACACUUUCAUGAUGUAGUAUGGUA